GGGCGGGGGCGCAGUCCCGGGACCGACCGGCCGAGCCCCGCGCGCCCCGCCCGCGCCCUGCGCCUCCACCCGGCCGGCCGGCGGGGAGGGGGCAUGAGCCGGCGCCCGUGCGCUGCCGGGAGCUGCGGGCCGGCCUAGAGCCCCGCGCGGGCCGAGCGCCGCCACCGCGCCCCAGCAAUCGCCGCCGCGCCCGAGCCGCGAUGCAGCGGCCGGGGGAGCCCGGCGCCGGGCGCUUCGGGCCGCCCGAGGGCUGCGCAGACCACCGGCCGCACCGCUACCGCAGCUUCAUGAUCGAGGAGAUCCUCACCGAGCCGCCGGGGCCCAAGGGCGCCGCGCCCGCCGCUGCUGCGGCCGCCGCGGCGGGCGAGCUGCUCAAGUUCGGCGUGCAGGCGCUGCUGGCGGCGCGGCCCUUCCAUAGCCACCUGGCUGUGUUGAAGGCCGAGCAGGCAGCGGUGUUUAAGUUCCCGCUGGCGCCGCUCGGCUGCUCUGGGCUGGGCUCGGCGCUGCUGGCGGCGGGGCCUGGGCUUCCCGGUGCCCCUGGCGCACCGCACCUGCCACUGGAGCUGCAGCUUCGAGGGAAGCUGGAGGCAACCAGCACCGGGGAGCCGGGCACCAAAGCCAAGAAGGGGCGUCGGAGCCGCACCGUGUUCACCGAACUGCAGCUGAUGGGUCUAGAGAAACGCUUUGAGAAGCAAAAGUACCUCUCCACGCCUGACAGAAUAGAUCUCGCGGAGUCUCUGGGACUGAGCCAGUUGCAGGUGAAGACCUGGUAUCAGAAUCGGAGGAUGAAGUGGAAGAAAAUAGUGCUGCAGGGUGGUGGCCUGGAGUCUCCCACCAAGCCCAAGGGACGGCCCAAGAAGAACUCCAUUCCUACCAGCGAGCAGCUGACCGAGCAGGAGCGUGCCAAGGAGGCAGAGAAGCCGGCAGAGGCGCCUGGAGUCGCCAGCGACAGGAACCGAGAGGACUGAGCCUGGCAGACAGUGUGGGCUUGGGGACCCCAGCGAGGCCCGAGUUCCCCUCUGGCCGUGGGAAGCCGCGAGCGAGCGGCCACACCGUUUGUUUUCUAAACUUUUCUUACUACUUUGAAUGCGGACAGUUAGGGGCGGAACAAAGAAGGACACAGAGAUUCUGAAGCCAAACCCCGUGCGUUCCGCCGUCCUAGCCUGGGAGACUCGAGUCCAGCGCUGUGGAGGGUCCUCUGGAGCUCCGCUGCUCUGGGCGCUCCCGCGCACUCACACCCUGCUCCUCUCCGCACU